CGUGAUGUGUAUUUUGUGAUUGUAGUAUUUACAAGAGACGAUAUUAUAAAUGUACUAUUCGAUUACUUUAAAUAUUGAUUAAAUAUUUCAAUCAAAUGAAAUGUCGUUAACUAGGAUACUGAUGAUGUUGCGUCCUUCUCGUUGUACAAAUUUGGUUAGUACGGUUGGUGAAUUCCAUACAUCUUCUGUAACAUAUUUAAAUCAGGUUUGGAGGAAAAAGAAGGGAUUAAUGACCAAUCCUAAUGUUCGUGGUCCACUGACUGAUUUGCCAGAUUAUUCGUUCAAAGAUAAUAGGCCUGUUCCAUAUGGCUCGAACCAAUUAAUGCGUAUUAAAAGGCACCAAGAAUUUGCGAGAAGAGUCACGCAACUAGUUGGUGAAAUUGAUCAUGCGGUAGAAAAACAUGCUAGAUUAGAGAGAGAGGAAAAUGAAAGGAAACAAAAGAUUCUAGAAAGUAAAUUGAAGCAAAAAGGACAAUUAUCAAUAGAUAGUGAAUAAUGUUUUUUAAUCAAU